AUGCGUUCAUCUUUGGUCACCGGGGAACUGUUGCUUGUAAGAGGUUUGGGAUUUGAUCUGGAAGUAGAACUACCCUUUGCAUAUUGCUUGAAUGUGCUAAGAGGAUUAGCGUCCAUGCGAUAUUUCGUAUACAGUGAAAAUAAUCAUAACAACUAUAACGGAAAUAGUAGUAGUAACAACAAGAGGCAUUCGUCCAGGAGAACUCAUCAUGCCAAUCAAAAGGAAGUAUGGAGAAAGAUGGAGAAUGAUAUGGAUCCUCGACUAAGUUGCAUCGCUAGAGCAGCCUGGGCUUACAUAUGGGAUAGUUUAUGUUCGCCCAAAAUAUUCAUUACACAUUCAGUAUCCUGCAUUGGACUAGGGUGCUUAUAUCUUGCCUUACGAACGUCGAAGGUUGAAAUGUACAUGACAAUGAAUGAGUAUGUAGAUAUGUGGGGUGCAUCGGAAAAUAUAUCUGUACAAGCAGUACAAGAUGUUGUUACAGAUUUAUUGGAAUUUUACCAGCACUAUCCAUUAAAGGAAGAAUAUGCAGUUUAA